AUGUCUUCCUCAAAAGGUACUGAAAAAGUUUUAGAAAAACUUAAAGAUUCAGUUGAGUCGGGAAAUUAUUAUGAAGCUCAUCAAAUGUAUCGAACCGUUUCUCGACGGUACUUAAAACAAAAAAAAUUUGAUCACGCUAUAGACCUUCUUUUUUCUGGAGCACAAUUAUUGUUAACACAUAAACAAACAGGUAGUGGAGGCGAUUUAUGUUUGUAUAUGAUUACGGCUUACAGUGAAGCAGAAUUACCAGUUUCCGAGGAAUCACGAGCUCGAAUUAUUAAAUUAUUGGAACUUUGCCCUUCCGAUGCCCCUGGUCGUAAAAAAUUUAUCGAUUCAUCGGUCAGUUGGUCAAUUAAUUGUGGGAAGAAUCCUUCUGGUGAUCCUGAAUUACAUCAUUUCAUUGGAGAAUUAUUAUGGAGAGAUAAAAAAUAUUCGGAAGCAGAACCACAUUUUCUUGCUGGUACGUCGAAUUGUAAUGAAGCUUACGGGAAAAUGUUAGCAGAAUGGUCUGAUCAAGAUCAUCCUUCUAAAAGAGGUGUUUAUAUAGCCCGAGCGGUGUUACAAUAUCUUUGUUUGCGAAGUAUUCGUGAUGCAAAAACAUCAUUCGAAAAAUUUAUUUUUGAAGUGAGCUCAAAGGAUCCCAGUCUAAAAAUAGGAAUUGUUCCUUAUCGUCCAACCAUAACUGGGGAUUUUGUGGACGUGACAAUUUAUUCCUUACCGUUAUUGAAUUUUUUACAAUUUUUAAUUUUAACGGUUCAACGAGAUGCUUCAGAUUUAUUCAUUAAUCUUCGUAACAAAUAUAAAAAUGAUUUAUCCAUUGAACCUACGUUUGACGAUGGGGCAAAGACAACAGUUCAAUAUGUUUCAAGAUCUCAUGAAUAA